GUCGCUUAGCUAAUUCUGGUGGCUCUGUGGUUUGGGAACUGCGGAUUUGGAGCGAUCACUGCAAUAGUUACGUUUUCCAGAGCAAAGGAAAAAGCAGUACGAGCUUACAGUAUGUGGGGCUGUGGUGUUUCCUUACGAAACAGGUGUCAGGAGCUGGCUAGAUGGAAAACUAAGGCUUUUCUUCUGCAUGCUUUGUGCAAGUUUAGAAUUAUUCUUUAAGAACAUUCCUUGUGGUGUUCGCUCCUUGCACUCCCCGGUGCGCGGGGAACGUGUGCGCGCUGCACGUGUUGUUCUGGAGGAGUGGUUCAGGGCUUGCGGCUGCUUUAAACGCCGGGUUUCCGUCUCGUGGCACUCCGAGGCUUUCCGGGGAUUUCUUGGGAUUGUGCCCCCUGCGUGAGAAAGGGAAAGGACACUUCUGGUACCUCGUGGGAUAGCCUGGAGCUCCUGGGCGCUCAGAGCGGAUCCUCUCUUCUUUAGGGGGAGGAAGCGGGAGCGGUAACUCCCUGGAGCCAAGACUUUUUGUGUGGCCUGACAGCCAGGAGGUGUCUGUGCUCAGGGAAAGGGUUUCAUCCCUUUCCAGUGCACAGGUUACUGCGGCAUUUCAGGGAAGGUGUGUAGCACAGCCAGCACCUCUGUAGCUGGCAGAAGGGCCGAGCCUGUGCCUCUAUACCCACUGUUACCCAGGGGUCCCAGCGGGGAGGUGCCCAGGUGUCACGCAGCAGCGAUGCAGGCGUUUUGGUGGGGCAGGGAACGGGUUAAUGGGCUUCUCAGAAAUCGGCUUCCCCCAGCUGUGUUUGUUGUUUCAGCAGCAUUUGCAGGAAGGUCAAACUGUCCGUGGGUCCCAUGCAUUGCUUGUGGGCGAAACCGAUACAGUGCCAGCCACAGGCAGGCUCCUCAGGGGGCUGCGCUCUCCAGAAAUCCUCUCCCACUUGUUAAUCUUUGCAAAGGGUUUUUGUCCUUGAAGUGCGCUUUGCAGAUUAAGCACGGCAAGGUGAAACUUCUCUCCCCGGUCCUGUUGCUAACAUACAACCCAGAAAUGAUAAGGGCAGUGAGAUCGCCCUGUCCAGUUCUCAACAGACUGGAGAUGGGUUGCCUUGGGUGAGGAAAAAAUGGUUCAACUUCACCCACCCCCUGCAGCUGUAGCCCUCUGGAGGAGUUCGUCGCAUCCUGCAGAGAGCUUGCUGGCUCAGAUGGAGAAGAAAUGUGUCCAGUGAGCAGUGUGAGCAGAGCAGAGGGUCUCCUUCAAAAGGGACCUGCUGGUCUGAUGUUCUGGUCUGCUGUUUCGUCUGUGUGUGUGCUGAGGGAACUGCUGGAGGACAGCAUUAGGCUGUUGAUUUUUCUUUGUAGAAGGAUAAUUUCAAGGUCAAGGAUGUUAAACAAAAAAAGCUUUCCCCAGUCCUGGGGAGAAGCAUUCCAGUCACCCAGGAUAGGAUUGUCACGGGAUUUUUAGCCUUUGUGCAAAGAGGGCAAAGUUGCUGAGGAACCUUGCAGCUGGCCAGGAGCUCGGGCCCAGAAGAGUGGACAGCUAUUAGGAAAUUUAAUGAAGAAGUGGCAACAAGAUUGGGAUCCAGCUAGAGGAAUGGCCAGGCUGAACCAGCAUCAUGUAUUCAACAGCAGCUGAUAGCAGGUACCCUCCUCUUCCCAUCGUAAAUGCAGAACAAAACGUCCCUAGUAUGCUCUGGUGGUUGCUUGUGGCUCAGAGAUUUCUCUGAGAUAAAAAGAGAGAUUUGUUAUAGCAGCCCUUUGUGGACAAACUCAGGAAGGAAAAACCAACCGCUUCUACAGCCUGUGGAUGCGUAUGACAUCCCUGGCAUCCUGUGUUAGGGAGUUCCACGCUUCAACAGCUCAUGAAGAAGUGCUUCCUUGUGCUUUGUGUGCACCACCCAAUUUCAGCUGAGGCUCCCGAAUUCUCCUCUCCGAGAUGGCAGUGACUGGGGACAGUUCUUUACCAUCUCUGCCAUUCAGGAAUUGGUUACAUGCAUGACUCCAUAAAAACAAAUUUCUGCAUUCAAAGCUUUUGUGUAUCCUUUAGGACCUUUCAUCCAUUUAUUGAGCAAAAAUCUGCCCCUGAAUAAUACAUUUUUGCCCUUCAAGUACUCCAAGGACACCAAGAGGGUGUGUGUGGCUCAUCAUCAGCAGAGGACUGAGGGCUCCCCUUGCUCAAGGCAGCGGAGCUCAGAGGAAAUCGGCGGUGAUGCUCCAUUCAAGGUGCCGAGGAGCUGCUCUGGAUUGACGUCUUCUCCUGUAAAAACUCUUUGAAAGCCCCGAGGUGCAAUCUGCCUCCUGACUGCUGCACUCAAAGCGCCGACCUUCAGCUUCGCAGUGCUGCCGGCAGUGCUCAGCAGGGAAUAAAGGUUGUGUUACCUCGACAUGGGUAAAAUACCCUGUCCUUCCCAACUGCUGGGCUCGAGCUGAUUGCCCCUGUCCUCUAGCAACCACAUACUUGUGGUGGAACAUUAACAGCAGUGGCAUCAGUGAGAAACUCAAUACCUCUCAGGGCCUUCUCCACUUGACUGAGUGAGUGAUAUUUACUUUCUGCUGGAUAAUUGUGUCCUUUGUGGCUGUGCAGCGAGAGCUCUGAUCUGUGGAAGUGCAGUGACUUCUUCGUGACGCUAAAGGGUCUAAUGUGGGGUUUUUCCACUCCUCUGCUGUUGGGGUGUGUGACAUGAAUCCUUACAUUGCAUUGUUUGGGAUGUCGCAAUGUUCUGCUUUGUCUCAUUAAAAAAAAAAAAGUUUGGGGAAACUUGAAAGACUUUAUAAAGUGAAGAAAUUUCUAAAAAUGACUUGUUAUUAAGCUGGCUAUUGCUGUUUGUCAUGUCUUGUUGCAGGCUUGUUCUUUAUUUUCUGGAAAAUCAGCUGCGUACUAGUUACAUGGACACAUCCUAGACUGUUAGCUGUUUAUGGAAAAAAUGUGUUUUGGAUUUAGCUUUUAAUUGCUGAGAAUUAACUCUCGGCCCAAACACUGCUGGAGGAAAAACUGAUGCUUUCUCUCCCGCUCCCCAAGAAAAACAACCCAACAAAGGCCAAAACCCCAGCGAGCAGGAGCGGUUCCAGAGCAAACACACGCCCGCGGUGUUUGCGGUGCCAGCAGGGUGACACGGCCAGCGUGACAGCUGCCGAGUGUCCCUGGCUGGCCAUAGGUACGGCAGAGGGGCAGAGCAUGGGCGCGAUGAGACGGAGCAUUUGUGGUGAUCUCCUGGGGAAAGGAUACGGUCUGGGGAUGUCGUGGACACCUGGAGACGUUGCUGUGAUGACUCCUGGCGCGUGUCGGUGCUUUCUGCUGCGGUGUUGGACUGAGAAGCUGAGAAGGCAGCCCCAAGUGCAGCUCAGGAAGUUCAUUCGUGCUCACAUCUUGAAAUAAAGCAGAGAACUGUCUCCAGCUGGACACAGAUCGGGGUGUGCAGCAGGUUCCUUCACGGCAGGUUUCUCUGACAAAGUUCAAGAGGUUGGCGUGGGAAGUCAUAAAAAAUGAGUUCCUGUUUGAGGUGAGGGAAGUGCUGAACUGGAGCAGAGCACGUUUUCCAAGAUGCUGCCGUGAGUGAGGGAGCCCAUUCCUGCAGUCCGUGCUGCUGGGAUACACCUCCUUAUCUUCCCGGCACAUCCCACGGUGAAGUCACCCAUCGAUAUUGCAGCACGGGUUAGCUCCGAGCUAUCAGGCUGGGCUAAUCUCCCGCUGAAUAAACAACACAAAGGUUCCUGGAUUCGUUCCUGUUCCCUUAAAGGGAUACAAUCGAGUGCAGGCAAUUACAGGAGAGAGAGAGCGUGCAUGAAGUGGAGCUCGAGAUAUUACACCUGAUUGCAGGCGCUCGGCCCUGGGCGUGUGUGUGGGUUCUUAGUUUUUUAAGGAAAAAAGCCUCAUAAAACAAUCGGUGUUUUUCUCAUUUUUCAAUGUAUUUCUUUUCCUGCCGUUCCCUUUGGGAAGGGAGAACCCAACAACCACCCAAACAGAUCCCAAACAAUGGGAGCCAAUUUCCUAUCGAAGGGAGAGAGUAAAGUUAAUUUUGUACAAAGUACGCUGAGAAAUAACUCUUUUCUUCCUGCUCUCCUCCCAGCCUUUUCAGAGGCUGUGGCAGAGCCUGUUAAAACAGCUUCCACCAAAUGGGCGUCCGGUUCCUUGGAGCAGCUUUUGGAAAUUUCAGCCUGCGUGGGACCUCAUUCGACACGGGGUUGGUGGCGUUCUCUGGCAGGGCUUCUCCACGUUCACCUGAUCGGAGAGACUUGCCUGGCUGUCAUUCAGUCAGCCCUCGUAAUAUCUGCCUUUUGCACACAGUGAGGAUGCUUGUAAACGUGUCUCGCCCGUUUGCCCCUGCCCUGGGGGAGAAAGCUCUGACAAGAUGGAGAAGCGGAGGGGUUCGUGCUUGAGAUACGUGCACUGGGAAGCAGACGAGGAGGGGGCCGAGGAGGGUGAGGUGACUCCUGCUGCUUCUCCUUCCAGCCGAACGACUGCGUUGGAAGAGGUGGAGGUGGAGAUGCUCAAAAAGGCAAGGGAGCUCUUCCAGCUGUGUGACAAGGAUGAGAAGGGCUUUAUCACCAAGCUGGACAUGCAGCGGCUUCAGAGUGAACUCCCCCUAACGCUUGAGCAGCUGGAGACUGUUUUUGACAGCUUGGAGCAGAACAAUAAUGGAUACCUGACGCCUGUGGAGUUCAGCAUGGGGCUGGGAAAGCUGAUAGGGAUUGACCUGUGUCAGGGGGCCGGAAGGACGGAUCGCUCCAGUCACGAGGAGACCUUUGAGUCAGGCUGGUCAGAUGAUAUGGACCCGGCAGAUGAUGAAGAGAAACGCUUCUGCUCCAUGAUGGAGCAGCUCGGAGCAGCCCAAGUAUUUGAAGAUCCAAGUGAGGUUCGGGAGCUUUGGGCUCGGCUACGAAAGGAGCGCCCGGAGCUCUUAUCCAGCUUUGAGGAGUUUCUGUUGCGUGUUUCAUCCUACAUCAAGGAGGUGAAUCAUGAGAAGGAGUCCAUGGAGCAGGCAUUGAAGCGGAAGGAGACAGACCAUGACCGAGAAGUCAGGUGCCUUUAUGAAGAAAUGGAGCAACAGAUCAAAGCAGAAAGGGAGAGGAUAAUCUGCCAGGAAGCACUGAGACAUGACAGGAGUAACCUGCUCCAAAAGGAGCUGCGCAGCAAAGAGCAGGAGCUGGAGAAAAUUCUCUACCGACAGAAGAAGCUGGAACAUCAGCUGCAGUCUCUGAACUCGGAGCAGCUGGAGACCCGUGUGCAGAAUGAAAGGCUCCGGCACCUGAACGAAAACCUGCUGGAGGAACUGGAGAAAAGCAAGUGGGAGCUGGAGGCUGUGAAGGGGCAACUACAGAAGCUCCAGAAAGAUGCCCAGCUUGAGCAAGAGCAGAAGGACAGGGAUGUGUUCAGAGUCUCCAAGAACAUGCAGAAAGAGAAGCAAAGCCUCCUUCGGCAGCUGGAGCUCCUCAGAGAGAUGAACAAGAAACUUCGAGAUGAGCGAGACACUUUCGAAGCCAAGAAGCCGGCGCCCCAGAGCACAAAGCCCCUCCAGAAGAACGGGUCAGUGCUAGGCAGCUCCCUGCAGGACGACAAGCCGGUCAAACGGUUAGAUGGGCCUCUCCGUGUCGUGUCCCUGCUGUCGCCCCAUGCUGCUGGAGCACCCCGUUGCUGGCCCUGGAAGAUGGGGACCGUUCCCCAGAGCCCAGGAGGAUGUGUCUGUUCUCCGUGGGGAGAGGCUCCAGCUGCCCAGCUCCAGAUUUGGGGAGAUGCAGGGAGGAUGACCAGGGACGUGAGCUCCAUUAAACACCAAAAGCCCAGGCUUGGCAGCAGACAGCUGGCCUCUGCGGACCUUCCCAUCGCCUUCCCCGUGGAUGUGGCAAUGGAGGAACCCAACAGGAAGAGCUGUAAAUACUUCCCAGGCAGCGAGGCGUGGCUGAAGGCAGGAGAAGGAGGCAGCACAAACUUUGGGGAGAGCGGCAGAGCCAAGGAGGGCUGGCCGGUGGCAGCAGGUGCUGAGAGGCUGAAGGUGGCUUUGAAGGGCGAUGCUGGCUGUAGAAAAAAUGCUGAUGGAUUGGAUGAUGCUCCACUGCCUCCUAGAGGACAGCCUGUGGGCACCGAAACCAGGCUCCAGGUGCUGGAACCAGCCAGUUGCUCCCCGGAUCGUAUCUUCAAAGUGGUGUUUGUAGGGAACUCCGGCGUUGGUAAGAGCUCCUUCAUCCACCGCUUCUGCUACGACAGGUUCUGGGCUGAGCUCAACGCAACCAUCGGUAUUGAUUACCAGGUGAAGAGCCUGAUGGUGGAUAACACCCAAGUUGCCUUGCAGCUGUGGGAUACAGCUGGACAAGAAAGGUUCCGCAGCAUCACCAAGCAGUAUUUCCGGAAGGCGGAUGGCAUUCUGGUGAUGUACGACGUUACGGCCGAAUGCUCCUUCACAGCGGUGCGCAACUGGAUGAGCAGCGUCCAGGAAGGUAUCGAGGACGGAGCUGUGGUCUUUCUGCUCGGAAAUAAAACGGAUGCUGCACAGAGGGAGACCCGGCACGUCCCCAGGGUGGAGGGGGAACGGCUGGCGAAGGAAUACAAGGCUGUCUUCUACGAGUGCAGCGCGAUGACCGGCUAUAACAUCAUGGAGCCCAUGCUGCACAUGGCCAGGUUGCUGACAGCACAGGAAGACAGGCAGAGGGAGAAUGCCCUGCAGCUGGAAGAUGUCAGCAGGAGGAGGGGGUGCUGCACGUAAGGCACAUCGACAUGUCAGCAAGAGACGCGUGUCAGCGCCAGUUUGUGAAGCUGGGAUUCCUUCAGAGCAAGCUGAAUCCGAUGGGACUGGGUCUGCAGAGACUUAGGGGAGCCGCAGCUUUUCCCCAUCUGGGAAUUUCAAGGCACUAAACCAGGCCAAAAUGUGCGUGUGAUCUGUACUGCUCCAUCUCCCACCUCUCACACAGCCCUGGUCUCUGCUUGGAACUGGGCUAGUUUUGGCACAAGAUGCACCUUCUGUCCACAGUGGUCACUUCCGUGUAAAAUGCCAUUUCCUUCUGUUUCUGGCACCGUGGCCUAGCAACAGCAUGGAGGGUGCAGUGGGAGCUGUGUUAAAUGGAUUAUUUUAGUGUAAGAAAUAAAGAGAGAAUUUUAAAUUUGGGCUAACUCUAGGUAGUAAUCCUUCUGUCUCAGAGCAUCCUCCUCCCCUCGGUUCUGUCGGAGCAGAGCCCAG